CGCGAGACGAGAAUUGCGUCAUCUGAGCGGGCCGGCACGAGUCUACGAGCUACACAUUUAAACCUCGACCCGGGACUCAGAGCUGUGUUUUAAACCCGGGACUGGUGGGCGAUGUUGACAUCGAGAUUCUUUAUAGAUGGAUACAGAGCUAAAAUAUCUGCCCUUGAACCCAGACGACCGGGGCUCGCAACGAUGCAGACUUGGGCCCAAAGCGAUGGCUUUUAUUGGAGCAAAGAUCGGAUUCCCAGUUUUAUUAUGUUUGCAGAGUGGAAGCUGCUUGUGCACUGCUUGGCCCAGAAGAGAUCUGUGUGAUGGGUUUGUGCAAGCUGAUUAUAUGUGCUCAACCACACAUAAACCCAUGGCUGUAUUUAAGGACACCAGCAUAUGUUUGAAUCAGAUAAAAAGCUUGGCUUCUAUCAAACUGAGAAAGGUAACAGUGAAAGUUGUCUUGAAAACCCUGGAAGUGAAACGGGCUACUACAGAAACCGUACUCCAUGAGAUUGUGAAAGAUCUGCUACGAAAUGUUUUUGUGCUGCAGAAUUAUGUGUUAUCUGUAACUGGAGAUUCCCCACUUGUUCACGUUGAAAUACUUGAUACAGAUCCUUUAAUGAGGAGCAAUGCAGGCCUUAUAACAGGCAAAACAAGUAUACUUAUUAAAGAGGUCAUCACCCAUGAAUGGUACAAGCAAGCGGUACAGGAUGCCCCUCCAUUAAAGGUUGCAGGUAUGGAUGAUGUUUGUGCCUCACUAAAGGAAAUCAUUCAUAUGCCAUUAUAUUAUCCAGAGACAAUGCAGAAACUUUGCAUGGCUUGUCCAAAAGGUGUUCUCUUGAUUGGGCCUCCAGGUGUUGGAAAGACCCUUUUAGUAAAGGCUGUAGCAAGAGAAGUUGGGGCAUAUUUAAUUGGCCUGAGUGGUCCUGCAAUUCACAGUUCAAGACCUGGAGAAAGCGAGGAGAAUUUGCGGAAGAUUUUUGAAAAAGCAAGAGAAGCCACGUGUGGUGGCCCGGUCCUACUCUUUAUAGAUGAAAUCGAUGCCCUAUGUCCUAAACGCGGAAAUUCAAACAAUGCUCCAGAAAACCGUAUUGUUGCUCAGCUGUUAACUCUGAUGGAUGGUAUUGACAGUGACAAUAAGAUGGUUACUGUAGCUGCAACCAGCAGGCCUGAUGCCAUAGAUUCAGCAUUAAGGAGACCAGGCAGGUUUGACAGGGAGGUAAUCAUUGGAACUCCAACUCAUAUGCAAAGGAAAGCUAUCCUGGAAAUGCUUAUAUCGAACAUGCCCGUUGAUGGAGAUGUGGAUGUGGCAACCCUGGGGGACAUGACAGUGGGAUAUGUCGGAGCUGAUCUCACUGCCCUGUGCAGAGAUGCAGCUAUGCAGGCUGUACUGCAGGCCAGUUUGGACGGUCAGUGUAAUUUGGUGAACAGAGCACAUUUUUAUGAAGCAUUCAAAAGGAUUCGACCCUCUUUCACACGGAGCUCAGUUGGUCAAGUGGAAUUUAAACCUGUUCAUUGGGAACAGAUUGGAGGCCUUGAAGAUAUCAAGCAAAUGCUAAAACAGAGCAUUGAGUGGCCCAUGAAGUAUCCAGAAGCUUUCAGUAGGAUGGGACUCACACCACCAAAAGGAGUUCUACUGUACGGGCCUCCCGGAUGUGCCAAAACCACAUUAGUGAAAGCUGUGGCGACAAGUUGUCAUUGCUCCUUCUUCUCUAUCAGCGCAGCAGACCUUUUCUCUCCAUAUGUAGGAGACUCUGAAAAGACUUUGGCACAGGUGUUCAGACAAGCGAGGGCUAGCACUCCAGCCAUUGUUUUCCUUGAUGAGAUUGAUGCCAUGGUGGGGGCACGAUCAGAAAGUAGAACAGGAUCUGGGGUCCAGGAAAGGAUCCUCUCUGUUCUCCUUAAUGAGUUGGAUGGGAUUGGCCUAAAGACUACAGAGCGGAGAGAAGGCACAAAGCUGUUGGAGAGUGGCCAUGAGCAUUCAGAAGAGAAGCUGGAGUUUCAGGAGGUUCUGAACAAAGCUGUCAUGAUUGUGGCUGCAACAAACAGGCCUGAUACCUUAGAUGAUGCUUUGCUGCGUCCUGGAAGACUGGACAAACUCCUAUAUAUUCCUCCCCCAGAUGAAAAGGCACGAUUAUCUAUACUAAGAAUUUGUACAGCAAGUAUCCCUUUAUCUGAUGAUGUGGAUCUGGAAAGUCUGGCAGCUGAUACACCACUCUACUCUGGAGCUGAUCUCCAGAACCUCAGCAAAGAGGCUGGCUUGAUUGCACUACAAGAAAGUGGACUGAGUGCUUCUUCAGUUAAACAGGAACAUUUUGAGAAAGCUUUGGCAUCUGUAAAGCCAUCUCUGAGCGCUAAAGAUUUGGGACAGUAUAGAAAGUUAUGCAUCAACCAUAAAAGCAGCGAUAUAUUCACAAAUAUAAUGUAGCUAUAUUAACAUGCUAUAUAUGGUCUUUAUACACAAAAAUGGUAAAUGAAUUGAGGACACACCAUGAACGCAGUCUUUGCAUCCUCUGAACAAAAAUACAACUUUUUGAAAUAAUAAAUAAAAAGACCCAUGCCUCUUCAGUUGUAAUUGGUGGCCAAUUAGUGGCCUGGCUGUGACCCUAGACACCGAUUUGCUUAUGCCAUUAUUUUAGGACAUUUUGGCACCUGCACACUUCAUAUAUCAGACACUGGCACACUGUGCAAGAAAAUAUUGGACAGGAGAGUGUAAAGUAUCCCCAGUCUCAGCUUCUAAAGCAGAAAAGAGAAACAAAUGAAGUCAUUAUCCUUAUAUAUACAUAAAGUGUUUAUUAUUAUUUAUAAAAUGUUACUUUUAGCCUCCUUCUUUUCUUGCAAUGCAUUAUGUAUUUACACCAUUGACACAAACAUCACCUCCACAAAUGAAUUAAAAACACAAAUUUAGUUUGUCA